AUGGCAGAGACGGUAAAGGGCAUUGUCUCUGUUAGACAGGGCACCGUCACAAGAGCAGUGACAAAAGGUGGUACAGUCAGGCGUGAACUUUUUGUAAAUGGAGCGGACGGCCUGACCAAAGAUAGCGAUAUUAUCAGCGCAAUUGAGAGUUUUGCGGGACGAAAGGAGGUCUGUCAAGUCAGAGGACCUCUCCGUAAGGCAUACGGCGGAGACAAUAACGCCACAGUUGAGUUCGACGAAGACAUUGCAAUGCGCCUUAUACGAAUAGGAUCUCUUAGGUGGGAUUUAUAUCCUGCACAAUUAAAGAAAAAGUCCGCAUCGUCAGGUGCUACAAGUGCCUGGAGUACGGACACCGUAGGUCCGAAUGCAAAACGAAGAACUCAAGGAUGCAUCCGGUGUAGCGCAGAGGUCACACUGUGA